AUGGAGUUAGCACGGCCUUCCAAGAAGACUAACAGUGUGGGCGUGCAGGUGGAAGAUACUCAGAUCUGUGUCGUGAUGGUCGGUCUGCCAGCUCGUGGAAAAUCACUCAUUGCGCAGAAGGCUCAGCGCUACCUCCGCUGGCUCUCCAUCGAUGCCAAAGUCUUCAAUGUAGGCAACUACCGUCGCCAUGACACCCCGCAACCGACCGCCGAGUUUUUCGACACCACUAAUGUCGAGGGAGAGCGCAUGCGCCGUCUCGCUGCUGAAGCUGCCGUGAAGGACAUGGUCGCUUGGUUCAAGAAGGGUGGGCUCAUUGGAAUUCUGGAUGCUACCAAUUCGUCCAAGGAACGUAGACGCUGGAUCAAGGAUGCAAUGGAUGCCCAUGGCAUUGAGACCUUAUAUGUGGAGAGCAAAUGCGACGACGAGGAUCUCAUCAUGAGCAACAUCCGCGAGGUCAAGACAACAUCCCCCGACUACGUUGGCCAGGACCCGGAGGAGGCUGCCAAGGACUUCCGAAACCGAAUUCGCAACUACGAGAAGGUUUACGAAACGAUUGAUGAUGAGGAGAGUGAUUUGACUUAUCUAAAGAUCAUGGACGUUGGCAAGCAGGUCAUAAUCAAUCGUAUACAAGACUACCUCCAGAGCCGGGUUGUCUAUUACCUGAUGAAUCUUCACAUUAGGCCAAGAUCCAUCUGGCUAUCGCGUCAUGGCGAGUCUAUGUACAACCUGGGCGGCCAGAUCGGCGGUGAUGCUGACCUCUCGGAGCGCGGUCACGAAUAUGCGCGUCGAUUGCCGGAAUUAGUCCGCAAGUCUGUUGGGGAUGACCGCCCUCUGACCGUCUGGACAUCGACCCUCAAGCGUACCAUUCAAACCGCCCGCUUCCUCCCCGAACACUACAACCAACUUCAAUGGAAGGCUCUUGAUGAACUCGACUCCGGUGUCUGCGAUGGCAUGACCUAUGCUGAGAUCAAGGAGGCGUACCCCGAGGACUUCGCGGCGAGAGAUGACGAUAAGUACAACUACAGAUACCGAGGUGGUGAAUCAUAUCGGGAUGUCGUUAUCCGCCUUGAGCCAAUCAUCAUGGAACUCGAGCGCUCGGAAGAUAUCCUGAUCGUCACUCAUCAGGCCGUUCUUCGCUGCAUCUACGCAUAUUUCAUGAAGAAGGAUCAGAGAGAGUCUCCAUGGUUGAAUGUACCCCUUCACACCCUCAUCAAGCUCACUCCCCGCGCCUAUGGUACUCUUGAGGAGUUCACUAGCUCGGGUAUCAGUGCCGUUAGCACCUGGCGUGGGAAGGGCAGCGUUGCUAAGCACGAAGAACCCCUUUCGCAAGGAAACAGCUUGGGAAGCGCCGGUGACGGCGGCUCAUAA